AUAAAUUACGCGAUGAACCUAUCAAGUCACAAUGUCCGUCUAGUGUCUAUCUAGUGUCUAUCUAGUGCCCCCCUGCCUCUCGCCAACGACAACCUCACUGGCCCAGGUUAACCGCCCGGCUCCUAGUCUCCCCGGACCCUAGUCUCCGUGCGGCGCCAGGACCACGCCGGAUGGGAUGGCCGCCACCGUCGACCCUCAAGACCUUCAUGAUUCGGAAUCCGCUUCAGACUGCAUCCUCACUGCAGCGCAUUGAGACUGAAACAGCUCAGUCAAAGGCCAAGUGAUUUCUCAAAAGCCCUGACCCGCCCGGGCCUUCCUAGCGUUCUUAGCCCAAGGUCGAGGCUGAGAGAGCCUCAGGGGACUGAGAGAUCUCAGAUUCGCCCCAAUGCCAUCCACAGCCUGGCCGUCUCUCUGCCCGGUCCAACUGAACAUGGCCCUAUCCACAUCCCAAAAACGGCUCGCCCGCUUGCUCUUAUAUGCGCUCGGGGUGAUCGUCAUCUUUCUCGUCCUUUGGCCGUUACCCUAUGAUCGGCCAGCGGUGCGGAGAGGGUCCGCGGAGCCCCGGGCCCGCUUCGAUGCUAUCAGAAACGAGACUCUGGGGGUCCAAAAGAUUUUUGUUAUCAAUCUCCCAAGCAGGCCGGACAAGCGUGAUAAUCUUGUCCUUGGUUCAUCGGUCAGCGGCUUCGAUUUCGACUGGAUUGAUGGGGUUACCCCUGAGGAACUCAAUUCUAAAUCAUAUCCUUUCAACUGGAACUAUGAUCACAAGGCGACCGAAUAUGCAGCCCGGCGGGCACAUGUGAAUGCCAUGCAACGCAUUGUGAAAGACAGACUUGGCAGUGCCAUCGUCAUGGAGGAUGACGUGGACUGGGAUGUGACGAUCAAGACCCAGCUCCAGAGCUUUGCCCUUGCAGUCCGGGCUCUACAGGGGACCGAUCAAAAUGCCACCACUUCCCCAUACGGUGAUGACUGGGACAUCCUCUGGCUGGGUCACUGUGGUGUGCUAUGCCAAACCGAUGUGCCCUUUUUUCUUAGCCCAAACGACUCUACUGUCCUUCCACCACAUCACUACCUGCCCUACUGGCGCGAUCCGCCCCCCAUGGAGAUCCCCCCUCACACUCGUAUGGCCUGUGCCGUCGGGGAUGGCGUUUGCUCGAUUGUGUACGCAGUGAGCUACCACGCCGCGCAGAAGAUCCUCUCGGCUCUUUCUGUCAACCCAGCAGACCUCCAGGAGAAGAUAGACAUCGGCGCUCAAUUCGACGUCUCGCUGGGUCGGAUGUGUGGUAAUGGGUAUUUGCGAUGCUUCGCGGCCUUUCCAUCCAUAACCGGCGGCUAUCAGCCGGCUGGGCCUUGGAACAAGGCCUCUGAUAUACACGAUGAAAACCAGGAUGUCCACCCCGCCUCUAGUAAUGGGGUGAUGUACAGCACAAUGCUGAACAUCAAUCGCCUACUGGGCGGAGAAGACAAUGUUGUCUCGACCUGGGAUGACGCGGCGGUUCCUGUGGUUAACCCAGCUAAUAUCUCAAUGGUUGGAGGAGCUAUGCACGUGUUGGCAGAAGGUGGGAUGUAUAGACUGGCGGCUGCCAAUCCAUAGAUGAGUCGGCAUGGGCCAAUAGUAUUACUAUAAAUAAUAUACGA